GCCGGUUUCAUACUGCGCGUCAUCUAGGGGGCUGAACUGGGCGGAGCUCCGGCGGCGCCGCGUUACGGACCCGGGCUUUGGAAAUAGCAUCAUCAUAGUUUUAGUCAACUAGUCAAGCGACGAGGUCACUCGGGCUCCCCGGAAAGCCGCACGCCAGCCGAUCUCGCCUUUACCUUCCCGGUUUCUCACUCGGAUAGACGUGGGACCGUUUUAACUUGCCCGGGAUUCUGUGUAUUUUCUUUAAACAACUUGAUCGGAGGCGGAUACAUUCAGCAGCGACAGUAUUACGAAUUGCUUCUUUUUCUUUUUGUAACCAGGAGCAUUCAUACGUGCAUAUAUAUUAUUUUUAUACUGUUGGUUAUCGGGCACAGAAAGGUUGGUUGGUCGACUUUGGUCGCAAUAUCUGUCUUACUUGACCAUGCAUGCUUUCGAGGGGAAUUAGGCGAGACGUUUUUCCCCAGCGGUUGCAUGCAGAUUAAUUAAUAGAUUAUUGCUCGGGAUUUGCGUCCAGAGUAAUAUGAACGUGCAGUGGACCAGCUCGACGCAAAUUAUUCGCAAUGGGAGACACAAGAGGAUCGACGCCGACGAGCCGGUGCCUAAAUGCCCGAGGCUGAGCGAGUCUUCCGGCGAUGUGGGCUACCUCGCCAGCUCGCCCGGUUCGCCGGUGUGGGCGGCUCCCUUCAGCGGCACCCCGACCCACCAGGGUCCGUCCCGAAUCUGCCAGUUUCUACUGAUCCCGAUCGCGGACCGGGACGGGGUCCACAGCGCCUUCAACAUCCACACGGGGGAGGAGUACGUGUGCAAGGUGUUCAGCAUGGCUCAGUACCAGGAGAAGAUCCGGGCUUAUAGCGUCCUGCCGGCCCACAGGAACAUCUCCCGCAUGCAGGACAUCAUCCUGGGGGAACGGUGUGCGUACGUCUUCCUGGAGCGGGACUACGGUGACCUGCACAUGUUCGUGAAGGGCUGCCGUCGCCUAGGCGAGCAGCAGGCCUCGCGACUCUUCUACCAGGCCGCCUGCGCUGUGGCUCACUGCCACCAGGCCGGGAUCGUCCUCGGGGACCUCAAACUUAGGAAGUUUGUCUUCACAGAUGAAAAACGGACGCAUUUGAAGCUUGAGAGCCUUGAAGAUUGCCGCAUGCUGGACGGCGACGACGACUCCAUGUCAGACAAGCAUGGCUGCCCCGCCUACGUCAGUCCCGAGAUCCUCAACAGCUCCGGCUCCUACUCUGGGAAGCAGGCCGACGUGUGGAGUCUGGGCGUCAUGCUCUACACGCUGCUGGUGGGCCGGUACCCCUUCCACGACGCCGACCCCAGCACGCUCUUCUCCAAGAUCCGCAGGGGCCAGUACUGCCUCCCCGACAGUCUCUCCCCCAAGGCCAAGUGCCUGGUUCACAGCCUGCUGCGCAAAGAUCCCUGGGAGAGGCUCACAGCAGCAGAGAUACUGCUCCACCCGUGGUUCCAGAGCACACAGGAAACAGGAAAUACAGAACAGGAAGUAGGCCCUGCGGACCAGACUGUACCCACAUUUCAUCUGGAGGAAGACGACUCCCUAUUCUGUUGAUGAUCGACCUCAUGAAACUGAACUCGAACCAUUUCAGUUCUUUUUAAAUGUGUUCUAGUGCCCGGACUCGAGGUCGUGUUACUGUCAUUUUGUGAAGAAUUGCACACGAUAGCUUGAAAGUUGUCUGCCUCCUACUGUGCAGCGGCACUCAAUGCCUUGGGCUUGCCGUCGAGUCGACAGGGACAGCGGCCCGUCGGGGGGGUCGAGUACCGCGUCCAGGAGGUCGGUCAGUCGCUCUCAAAGCAGCAAGAGACCUCACAAGCCUCAGAACCUGAGGUACAGGCGCGCCGGGGCAGAUGGAAGAAGUGGGGGAGAUGAAAGACGUAGUGGAAGUUUCUGCCUCUGGAGACCUGGAGCGCUAUCUUGGUGGAUGAAUACGCUGACAGGCCUCCUAAAAGCUACGGGGGCCUGUCCCACUUAAAAGCAAAGAAGGAGAGCAAGAUCAGAGGCUUGCACUCACACACACAUGCUCAGGGUGUCCUACAUCAGGCCCGCUGGGAAGUAAACGGCUGUCCUAUUUACUCAGGCGCCUAAGACGUCUUUGGUUCCCAGGGAAGCCGGACACUUAUCCACAGUGGCACCUGGCACCUCUGCGGAAGGGACCCCUGGCACUGACCAAUCAUGGUGAAGAGAAGGCCAGUCAGCACAUGAAGAACUGGGGGGGGGGGGGGGGGGUGGUCGCAGGUCGCAGCUGCUUAAAGUCAGCUUCGGCAGGCUCUGCAUUUGACUCGAGCUGGACGUCUGCCUCCGACAACGUUUCCUUGUGUCCUUGUUCUGUGUUUGAGUCUUGCCCUGACUCACCGCUGUGGCAAACUCCCCGGCACCCUGCCGGUGCUUGUUGAUGUGAGGCGAUUGGGGGGGGGGCACAGAAAGUCAUUGAGUGUGAAGGAGGAAUUGCGAGGGGCGUCUGCCGCUGCAACCAGCGUUCCCAGCGACCCGGAGCGCCUUCAGGUCACGUCCCUGGGUCCUGUGCUCAGCAGGAUCCCACACCCUGGAGGCACCAUGUGACCGGUCGCUCCUGGCGAUGACAUGUGCAAUCUGCUGUUUGUUUUUCCUCUCUUUCCCCAAACCCUUGUUAUGGUUCUCGAGGAGGGUGGGGCCCACGCACAGUUAGCAUUUUAAUCGGUGCCACAUGGAUACCUGAAACUCCAGGUGAGGCGUAUCGGAUCGUACACAAUUCCCCCGCUGUAGAGGAAGUAGUCGUUGGCAUGGUGACGUGGCAUGUCUUCCGAGCCUCGCACCCGUCUGAGACUCGAGCGCCUGAUGGGCUGUCGCUUAGUCUGUCAGCCCUGACAGGGAGCUGCGAGGGUGUCCCAGCUGGCUGCUUUGCAGCGCCGAUCUGCAAGUCGCUGGCGGUGGCGGCUGUCAGACACAGCGCUACUCCACUCGGCCUGAAUCAUCCCGCGUGAAUAAGACGACGAGCUGGCGGGGGUCCGAGCCGGAGAAGGGCUCAGCCACUUCCUCCACUACCUAGGAGGUUAUAAACGGGUUAUAGUGAAGAUAAAGUGGACGUUUGGGGUGGGAUUCCCCUAUCACACAUGUAACACUUAAGGACAGGCUGGCUGCGCACAGCCAACGCAUUACAGAGGGUUUUUUUUUUUUGCACUGUGCAUAAUUUGUUUGCCAUUCGUGUUUGUAACACAAUUUGAGAUCUUUACCGAGACCUGGUGUGUUUGCUGUAAAUCGAAGUGGAAAAAAAACGCUAAUGUAAAUAUGUAAAUUUACGGACAAAUAUAUGAACAGUGUAUGGACACAAAUAAAAGAGGGUGACUUUUUCUUUA